CUGAACUUUUUACAGAUAAUUUUUGUAAUAUAUGUGGAGUGGUGCUGCAGUUUGAAUCACAAAGGAUUUCACAUUAUGAGAGUGAAAAACAUGCUCAAAAUGUUAGGUUUUAUUUUCAAAUGCAUGGGGAACAAAAUGAAGUGCCUGGUAAGAAAAUGAAGAUGGAUGUUAGGAAUUUUCAGAUGCAUAGGAGUGAAGUAGUGGACAGGAGCAAAUUUUGUGGUCUCUGCAACAUCAUUUUUAGCUCCCCAGUUGUUGCUCAGUCUCACUAUGUGGGGAAAGUCCAUGCUAAAAAACUGAAGCAAUUAAUGGAGGAGCAUGAUCAGGUAUCUCCAUCAGGAUUUCAGCCAGAGAUGGGUGUGCCUAUUACUACUUCUGCAGAGUCAACUUUUCUGAAGCCCCUUGUUGUCAAGCCUCCUCCAGGCGGGAUUAAAGACGAGACUAUGCCUUCCUCUUCCAGCAGUGCUUUGGAUUUGAAUAAUCCAAACAAGUAUUGCAAGCUCUGUCCUGCUUCCUUUAAUAGUCCAUUAAUGGCCCAACAACAUUAUGUUGGGAAAAAACACAAAAGAAAUGAAGCUAGGAAGAAGUUUGUAGCCAAGAUAAGAGAGAAACCUCUUCCAGCAAAAUCAGAUGCAAACGGCACCUUCUCACUACUAGUAUAUUUUAUUCCCUUUUCAUAUUCUCUUCUCCACCCACUUCUUUUCCUCUACUCAACCAUUAUUUUUCAAUUCUUUCCUUACUAGACCUUUCUGCUUAAUGUGAAAAUGUUCAUUAUUCCCUCCUUGAAGCUCUAUUCUUUGUCAUUAGUAACUCCUUAUGCUAUUGUUCUUUUCCCGUGUUUCUAUUUCUUUUUUGUUUUCUUUGGGGGCUCUUUUUUAAAUUCAUUGUCUAAAUGUAGGCGUUCCCAUGGUUCCAUUCUUGACCUUAAUCUAU